AUGUCGGAGAACGAUGACAAAAUUGAAACAAUGGAAAAUAAUCAAAAUGUAUGUAUUGGUAUAGGAGAAAUCAUAGAUAUCGAACGGUACAAUUCUUAUAGAAAGCUAACCCGCAUUACCGCAUAUGUAAUGAGAUUCGCAACGAACUGCAGAGCAACGGAAACUGAACAAAAGAAAGAUUUGUUACGUAGUGAUGAAAUUGAAAAUGCAAAAUUCCUAUGGAUAAGAUAUACACAAGGUAAAAUAUUUAGUGACGAAAUAAAUUGUAUAGAUAAUUCUACAAAACGUAAUACAAUUGUGCGACAAUUAAAACUCUUUCUAGACGAAAAGCAAUUAUUACGAUGUGGUGGCCGCCGAAUAGACAAUGCGACAGUAGGAGAAACAGUCAAGUUUCCAUAUCUGUUACCAGCAAAGGACCGUAUUACACAUUUGCUAGUGUUAGAAGCACAUGAGAACACACUACAUUCAGGUAUAAAUAUCACUCUAGCAUACAUACAACAAACAUUUUGGAUUCCGAAAUUAAGACAGUGCGUGAAAUCUAUGUUGUCGAAAUGUGUAACGUGCCGAAAAGUAAUUGGAAAAUCUUAUUCCGCACCAGAAAUUCCACCAUUACCAAAGGAGAGAGUUCAAGAUGCUAUACCCUUUAGCAUAACCGGUGUAGACUUCACAGGAGCGCUAACGAUAAGGAACAGACACAACGAAGAAUCGAAGGUUUACAUUUGCCUGUUUACGUGUGCUGUCACUCGAGACGUACGUUUGGAGUUAGUUUACGAUCUCAGCGAAGAAUCUUUUUUAUUGUGUUAUCGGAGAUUUGUAAGUCGACGAUCAGUGCCGAAAAUUAUGAUGUCAGAUAAUGCGCUAACAUUAAAAGCUGCUUCAAACGAAGUUUCACGACUUUGCAAUUCCACAAAAGUUAAAGAAAAUGUUCGGAAUCAUGGCAUUGAAUGGAAAUUCAUCCCAAAUAGAGCUCCAUGGUUCGGGGGCAUGUGGGAAAGAAUGAUUGGCUUAACAAAAGCAUCACUUAAGAAUGUAUUAGGACGUGCACAUGACAACGAUGAGACUCUAAGGACUGUAUUAACAGAGAUUGAAGCCACGCUCAACGAUCGACCAGUGACGUAUAUUUCAACAGAUAUCAGAGAUCCGGAGCCGCUUCCACCAUCCCAUCUUAUACAUGGACGAAGAAUAACAACUUUACCGUAUGUAUCGUCAAAUAGCUAUUGA